AUGGCAGUAUCAGAGAAGGCACUGAUUUACGGCGGGGACACACACUGCGCGCUGUCCAGCAAAGUUUUACGCGUCGUGGCGGCUCCAAAGGACUCGAAUUAUGUAGAUCUGAACGAAUUGCUAGACCUGAAACUGGGCGAGACGAAAGCGGUGCAAGUACGUUUUCCCGGCCAGAAGGACACCCUUCAGUGCGUCCGGCUUCCUUCGGCGGAACAUCUGCCCAGUCCCGCGCGCAAAUGUGUUAAUCUGGAAUGCUGGGAGAAUGGCAGAAGAGAGGGGGCAACAGAAACAAAAACAGCUGGUUCUUCUGAAAGACUACGGAUCAGUCAUGGAAACCUCAGUGACUGUCCCGAGUUACUCGAAGAGCUCGAAUCGGAGAGAGCACCGGAACAUUUGGAAAAAGAGACCAAAGUACUCGAGGAUGGUGAUUUACAGCGCACGGAUUUGUAUCUCAGCGAGAAAAGCGAGUCGGACGACGAAGUGGAUUUGGUGAUCGCGGAUUACUGCAUACAUGGGUUCGCCGAUGAUGAGGCUCACUACAUCACCACGCACGAAAUUCAUCUUUCCGAACUCGAUCACGACGUGGACUGCGAUUUAGAAACAGCAUCCACUUGGGAUAUCGAGGACGACCACCAGGUCUAUUCGUUCGUGGACUACGCAUCUGCCAACAGCGAUGAACCCACAGGAGGACAGGUGGGAAACAACCAGGGCGAGGCUCAUAGGAGCACUGCAGUGGCAUGCAGUCAGGCAGAAAGUGAGCCGAGCGACAGGACCAGGAGCGCCACCUCAGACGAGAAAGCGCCCGAUUGCCAAGGCAAAAGCACAGGCCACAUUCAUCUGUCAAUCAAAGCCACUUCCAGAGCUAUAAACAAACCUAGCAACGUCCAAGAAAAUGAUGGAGGCCAGCACCAUCAUGCCAUUCACGCUGGGGACAUGAGCCAUUGUGUUUUAAAGGACACAAAGGGAGAAAAGGUAUGCGAUGGCGCAAAGUGUUUGAUUGCUCUGCCCGGGCGUUUGCACUUUGGAAACAAACACAAAGGCAAAGAUGUUACAGCGUACUCCAGCGGCACAUCCAGCGCUGUCAGUGAGUUGGACGAUGCCGACAAGGAAGUGCGCAAUCUCACGGCCAGAGCUUUUAAAAGUCUGGCCUACCCGUAUCUCGAUGCCAUCAAUUUCAGCACUUCCAGCGAGUCCUCGGCUUCAGAGCGCAGCAAAGGGCUCAACAGGUGGUCAGCACUUGUUGAUCUAAAGUAUGGCAACGUAAACGUGUCUAAAGGAGGCGGUAACAAUAUAGUGGUCCAUCAAAAUGCCGCGUCUAAUUUUCAGUUGGCAAAAAGGACGGAUAGUAAAGGGAUAACGGGAUUAACUCUGACCAGUAGAAGGGCGCCCCCAGUCGAGAUAUUUGCCUUGAACGGCAAUCUAGUGAACCCCCAAAACGCAUCGUCAACAAAACAAAUUGAGCUCAUGGGCAAAAUUGGACAGGUUCAGAGCGGGGUAAUAAGGCUAACUGAAACGCUGAAUUUUCGCUGCAACGUUAAAGCGGGUCCGCAUGCACACGAAAGGCGCGUGAAAUCCGCCCGAACCGCUGGAGGAUCACGUUCCGCAGAUGAGGUUACAAACCCUCGGCAAAAGGCGCACAGCAAGCCACCGUGCAAUUCAGAAGCCAUGGAGGACGUGCACAAGAAAUCCAUAUUUGCUUCGAGCAUACUAAAAAAUGUAAUUUCGAAGAAAAUGCAGUUCGAGCAGGAGCGCAAGAUGGAGCGUGGAGAGAUCUGCGAGCCGGGCAGUCACGAGCACGAAGCGCACCGAGACAAAGCUGUGCUCAAAGGACUUCACAGACAAAGCUCGAAACUCUCCGAGACAGGCUCCGACUUCAGUAUCGUGUGCCUAGACGAACUCGGAGACAUCGGAGACAGCGGAUCCUGCGACGCCAAGGCCAACGAGCGCCACGAAGAAACUCUCGCCUUCGCAUCGGAAACCAAUUUAGAGUCUCAGAACUGCGCGGCAUUCGACACUAAAAAAGGAGCUGCGGACGCGUCCAGAGGCGCACUGAUUCGGAGCCAAAAUAGCGCUUUCAGAAGCUGGAGGGACGAAGAGCCAGAAGUUCAGACUGAGCGCAAAAACGAGCAAACGGACUCGACGAGCAGCAAGCUUACAAAAAUGUCGCGCUUAUUUGUGCCGAGCAUCCAAAUAGUGUCCGGUGAGAGAGAGCACGAGAAGCCUGAACCGAGCGCGGAUUGUAACCGAGAAAAGAGAAGCAUGGACACUUUGUAUGUAUCAGACGCCGCUCAAAAACCUGGAGCGUCGAAGUCGCCAGAAAUUAAAAUAAGUUUACGGAGUCUAAGAGACAACCGGAGCGACCCGUUGAGCAUCGCUAAGCUCCUCACUCCCGGUACAGGCUCUAGUGCUGGCGGGUUGAUGAAAACAAGCGAUGAGCCCAAAUACCAAGCGCUCACUGCUGCACUGAAGAGUGACUCUUCAGACAAAAUCCCACACUUCACAGUUAGAGAUGUUCGAGACAAGGCAAAGAUGCAAGCGCCAAUACACCAGGUUAGAGAUGUGCGCAAACUGGUUAAGAGCUCGUAUCACUUUGUAUCUUUGGACAAUAACAGCACGGACAUGGAGCACAAGACCUCCAAACAGAACGCCUAUCGGAAUCCGACAACCCUUCCCCCUAUCGUGAUUAAGUGUCAUUCGGUGAAUACAAAUAACAAUGCAAAGCAAUCAGAAAAACUCUCGGAUUCCUCGGAUCAUAAACCAGUUGAGGAUAUCCUAGAGGCUGAUGGGUCACAUCCUCAGGAGACAAUAGAUGGCAUCAAUACGGGCUCGGCACAAAUAAGCAAACCAACUGACCAUGUGCAUUUAGCCAACAUAAAGCAAGAGGAAACCCUUGAAUUAGGAAUUGAGACAAAAACCACCACAAAGAGGCAAGAGAAAGUAUGUGACCCAGGUGAGAAAAAGGCUGAUUCCAAGAUGGCUGCUCUGGAAAAACUUCAGGCUGCUGUUAAGACCAUGGAACAGCUUUACGUGUUUGACAAAAAUGAGUGGAAGAGGAAAUCUGAGCCACAACCGUUAACAGACAGCCAUGUGCUUUCACUCCUUAGUAAUGAGCAUCACGGAGGUGAUGAGCAAGACCAGGGGAACACUAGUUCCUCAUCAGUUACCAUGAGGCGAGACUCAUUCUCAAACCCAGAUAAGAUGGUAACUGCUGGACAGCAAUCAACACGAAAAGAAGAGAAGGAAAUAUUUAAAACAUCACACACUCCUGCCAUCCAUGACAAACGAAAGGACACCAAAACUGUGAUGCACCUUGGUGGAACUCCUAAUAAGAACAUUUCUAGCCUAAGCCACAGUCAGAAAUCUUUCAUGCCUGUUACGACAAGUUCAGUUAAAGCAUUGCAGAUGCAUGCCUCAUCCUCAGCAUCUGUUAGUUCUAUAGCUGUGAAAAACCGUAAUUCUCCAAAUCCACCAGUAUCUUUAAAUACAGGUAUUACCAAGUCAAAGCUAGUCACGGAGAGGAGAGAAAAUCUAAGUAGCAAUGCAGACAAAUCAAAUAGGGCUGGAUUUGCCCCAGUUCAGUUUACGUCUUCGGUUGAUUCAGAGAAUUACGUAACCAUACCUGUGAAACCUUAUGCCCAACAAUCUCACAUGGUACACAGCAGCAACAACAAAAGUCACGGAGACAGUCAUCAGCCCCCCAAACGUUCAAGUACUGUUAUGGAGACACGCUCCCCAGAUACCCCUACUGCUACGAUAUACCAUCACCCUCUGCCUAUUACCAUGCACGCAGCCCAGCCACAGGUAAUUUGUUUCUCUCCUACAGUGCAGCCAUCUCCAGUCCCCACAGACCACUUUCCAUCCACCCAGAGAAAAAUGCUCCUGGAUCCCACUACUGGAAAUUAUUAUUUGGUUGACACACCUGUCCAACCAGCCACAAGACGACUUUAUGACCCAGAAACAGGGCAGUAUGUUGAUGUCCCCAUGCCACAACACCCUCCCAUAACCCCUGUAUCUGUGCCUAUCUCCCCUCUUGCACUUAGCCCUGGAGGCUAUGGUCAUACCUACAUGUUCUACCCAGGAUACAUGGCCUCCACAGUGAUUCCUGCCCGGACCAUUCAGUCUCAGCUUUCCAUGCAAUCAGAAGUGGAAGCAGGAGACGAAUCGCAUACAGGGCAGCAGGGAGAUGGAACCUACACGGAAAGCCCUUAUUAUAUGCCUUCUGGGAAGUUUCUGCACUUAAAUCCAGGUACUCAGCAUGUCACCACUGGCAGGGCGGCAAACAACAAAGUGCCUGUCAUCAGCAUCACCUCCCAGCAAGGGCCCAGGAUCAUCGCACCUCCAUCCUUUGAUGGUACCACCAUGAGUUUUGUGGUGGAGCACAGAUAACUGUCAGGUCACUUAUAAUGAGCUGCCUAUAGUACGUCCAGUCAGCACUUCCAAGAUCUGAUGUGUCUAUUUUCUUUCAUUGACACAUGUAAUGAUUGUCCAUGAUUUCCUUCAACAGGAAGAGCCUUACCACUAUCAUUCAUCACUUUCUUUGUCAUGUAAUGUAAUUCUUUAUCCUUUAUGUCUUCUGUUUGCAGUGCAACUAUGCAACGUCUUUUUUUUUUGUAUAGUUUUUUUUUUUUUGCAACAUGGAUGAGAGAUUGGAUGAAAUGGUUUUGAAAAUGAGAGUGAGGGCUUAAUGCUAUAGCAUUUCAGGUUAAAGCAACAAAUCAUUGGGUCACCUAUUAAAUAUUGUCAAGUCAUAAAGCAAGACCUGUCUUCUAACUGGCCAAUAUUGGAGAAAUUCUUAAAAAUCUUAAUAUUAAAACAUUUAUUUUCCUGUCUAAGAGUAAUUCACAAAGCAUUAUAGUGUAAAAAUUCACUAAAACAGAAUCACAAACAAUCCUAAAUGGUUGCUGCCGGCAAUUAAUGGCAUGAAUUUACAAAAUGCUACUUUGCCACAUGAACAUUGCAGUUAUACAGCUAAGAUGAACUACAUAUAUCAUCAAACUACAUCAAACAAUGAAUACACUCUCCAGACUGCUAUUACAAAUUCACUGAUGGAAGACAGCAGUUUUCAAGUAAAUAUCGACUGUAAUUGGCUGAUGUACAGGUCUUCCUGAUAAACUCAUAAAUGAAAACCAAUUGCACGUCAUACAAAAAGUAUUAAUAAAAAUUUUAGAAUGAAACAAUCAUUAAUUUCAUACAUUGUGAAAACAAAAAUAUAUACGCUGACAACUCAAAUAUGUUUUCUUUUAUAUGUUUAUAUUAUAUUUAAGAGAGCAUUUAUAUUGAACAUCGGCAUGGUUGUGAUUCACCGCAUGGUGAGCGCCAAUAUUCAAUAUAACCGCACGAUUGCAAGUGCGAUAUUGCUUUUAUACAACAGUCCUAUAAAUAAGAAAUUAAUACUGAGUAUGAGUGACAUUAAUAUGAGCAACAUUUCAGACACAACACGGCCAAAUGUUCUGUUUAUUUUUGCUCCGCUAGUGGAAAAAGAUCCUGAAGAAGCCACACUAACUUGAUAGCAUGCUCGCUAGCUAGCUCACGCUGAUUUGUACAUUCCCGUUAAAGGUGCUUCGGGUGAAAUUGGCAUCCCCUUCUUCCUUUUCAUCUUCAAUUGAUGAGCUUUCAUAUUUUAAGCCAAACGUUAUAAUCCUGAAAAGUAUCUUAUACCAUGUCUGCCAGUUUCUUUUACCAUAUCUGCUAGUAGUAUCACUAACACUACUAUAGUAACUGUUUCAAACUAGGAAGUGGAAUUUUACAUGGUGAACACAAUCGAGUGGAGUGACUCACACAGUGAAAGAUUCCAGUGUGGUUAUAGGAAAUCAAUCAACUGACCAAUCAAAUUAGUGAGCUAAUUGUUGUAUAGAUAUGAUUAUAUUAUUUUACAUGUUAUAUGUUAAGGUUAUUAAUAUGGCAGGGGUCAUGAGCUGGCGGACUGUGUUCUGUAUGUGGACCCAGCAAUGUUUUUCAGCCUAAUGAACUGAGUACUUGAAAACUGUAGUAAAGCGACUCUAGUUUUCAUAAACCAGCAUGGCCUUCUUAGGAGAUAAUCUGUUGUGUCCAAUCACAUACUUAAUGUAAAUUGUUUAGCUGAAAGCAGAUCAUCGGACCAGAGCCUAGCUACAGGGCUAGAUAUAGUAGGUUUGAAAGGGGGCGGGGUUUUACAGAAUUUCAUAGAUUUUUAUUUACUCAUUCUUCAUUGUAUAGACCCUCUCUAGUAUGAUUUGCUUAACUAACUUGCUUAAAGAAAACUGGGAAAAAGUUACUGUGUCUGUUCAGAGACUUUGCGCUAGUCAAAAGUAACCUGAAGCACCACUGAGAAGCAAAGCAUGACCACUUUGAAUUGUCUUAUUUAACUAAUCAUUAAUAAUUACGUAUUAAAAGAUAACUUGUCACCAUUCAGGAAUUUUGUGUAGCUGAACCUUCACAAAUUAUAGUUUAAUACCCCUGCCCUACAGUAUAAUCUGCUACAAAAGAAAUGUGUAAAUAUUCUAAAUAUUGCAAUUAAAAUGUACUUAAAAAAUAAAAAUCCUGUCAUUACUACACAGGUAUAGGCUAUACUGAAAAUUUGCCCAAAAUAUUUUUGAUGUGAGCAUUUAGAGGAUUGCGUUCAUGUAUGUAAACACUCUCAUCUGAAAUUUUUUUUUAUGUGCAUUGGGAGUUUGUCGUCUGACAUACAUUAUACGUCACUGACAAUAUUCAUCCAUAGCAACAGGUUCUCUUGGUUUAGGAAUUCCUUAGUUAACGUUCCCCUCAUGAAUAUGUUUUAAGAAGAAAUGCUUAGUUAGGAACUUUUAGUGUCACUGAGGAGAGAUCUUAAGAGAUAAGAUAUGAUUAUUUGUGAAUAUAGCCUCAGGUUGUUGAAAGAAUCACUAAAAUAUUGAGUGUGACAUUUUUGUUAAUCAAAAAGGCAAAGAGGUGUGUAUUUUUUGAAAGAUACUGUGAAUAUAACUAUCAACAGGUUGACAAGCGUAAAAUAAUUGCCCUUAUAUCCCAUAUUCUUUUCUUGAACUGUUUUAUGACUUGGUUUUCAUUACUCUUUUCUAAGGGGUGAUUUUAGAUUCAGUGCGUUUUGGAUUACAGUACAAUAUGGUACUGUAUAUUUAUGUCAUGUUUUGCUGCUCAUUGUACUGUGCGAUCCAUCAUAAAACACAUACAGAGGUUUGUGUUGAUUAAUAUGGUGGAGAACAAGAUGUUUUAGGGGACAGCCCUCCUCUAUGUAUCUCAAUCACAGUGCCAAUGCAAUUUAUGUGGUUUGUGUAAGUGUAGGUGGUUUUGUGAGCUUGAGUGUUUAGCCUCAGCCUUUCUGGAAGGGGUAAUAAAAGCCCAAAAGUAAAAUAGUUCUUAAUAAGGAAAUGGGAUAUAAGGUAAAAUGAUCUUUACUGGAUUAUUCUCUAACCUGUUGAAUGCCAUAAUUCACAGUGAGAGUAGGUAUACUGCACAUUUGGUGGUCAUUCAAUUGCAGUUUUGUUACAUAAACACCUUGAAGAACACCUCUAAUACAACCUGACAUAAUUAGAAAUUGGCCAAUACAGAAAUCAAUACAAUUAGCUUAUAUACUCACUGACCACUUUAUUAGGAACACAUGCACACCUGCUCAUUCAUGCAAAAUAUCCAAUCAGCCAAAUAUGUAGCAGCAGCACAAUGCAUAAAAUCAUGUAGAUAAAAUCAUGUCAAGUGCCUCAGUUAAUGUUUAAACAUCAUAACGAGGAAACAUUUCAUGAUCUCAGUAACGUUGACCGUGGUGGUUGGUGCUAGACGGGCAUGUUUGAGUAUUUCAGAAACUAGAGGGCAGCAGUUUCUGAAAUAAUAAUAAAACCAGCUCGUCUGGCACCAAACACCUUGCCACAAAGUUACUGAGAUCACAUUUUCCUGCCAUUCUGAUAUUUGAC